ACGUAAUAAAGUGUUUUAAGUGUUUCCCAGCGAGAUAUAUUCAGUUGCUGGCCACUACAAGGCCAUUGGCCAGCCAGGUGCCAGCCCAACAGUCUCCGCUGCUGGCCCUGGGCGUCAACACCUUUGACCUGCUGACCCAGCUGGCGAGGGGGGCGUACACCCCUCACUACAGCCUGCAGUCACCCGCCUCACUUGUGCCUUCCUGAAGGAGGCAGGGCAGCCACCAAGCCUGUGGUUGGCUCACAGGAAGCCCCCAGAGCAUAAAAAUGAUGAUGCAGGGGCAUCAUUGCAGCCCUAGAGAGGAAGAGGAACAUGGCUGAAGACUUGGUUAAAAGAUUAGUCAAAUAUAGGAUUGAAACAGAUCUUUAAAGUGUUCACAGCAAUUCGGCUUUCAUUUGUAAACAAAGAGCAGACAGCUAGGAAGAUGACACCAGCAGCGGCAGGCGGCGACAGGCGGUGUGACAUCGGAGGUGUGACUUGUGCUGCGUGUCACGCAACCAAACUCAAGUGGAACAUGCACUGUUACAUGUACCAGAUUAUCGGACACGCCUAACAAGUGUGGCGCCAUUCGUAAAGCAACAAAACUGCUUGUCUUGAAAGAAAGUCCAGUGACAGAGACAACCUUGGCCAGUGUUGUGUUCGCUUCCUGACAGUGCGGGGAUUGUGACCAGGAAUUUGUCCAGCUUCCUCUUUGCUUUGGAAAGUGCAUUCCUGGCUGAGUGUGGUGCGUGUGCCUGCUACUCGUGUGGUGGUGUUGCUGCUGCGUGAAGCCUCUGCCGUGGGAACCCACCACAAAUAGCUAAUGGAUUCUGUAUGAUGGGAUUAGCAGCAGACAGAAUUCCAGUGAUGUAUUAACAUGCCUAGGGACAGCCUUGGGGGCAUCCAUUACUGGCAGAAGCCCCAGUGUGCUGAGUGACGGGGCGGCAUGACUUUGCACAUCAGAGGGUCAGGGCCCAAUCUCCCCUGCAGGCUUCAGUGAGGAGCAGUUCAGCUACUUCAAUCCCUCAAAAGGCAAUUAGGUGUUCUUGGUGAAUGAGGAGGAGGAGAUUGAAUGCAGAGUGAUUGCCUACAUGACCACCAAGGAUAGGAUUGCCUGCGCCAGUGGGUGAAUUGUGUAUGGCUGGGCAAGGUCACCUACCAUUGAGACAGUAGCUCCUCAUUGGUCAUUGCCAGGCUCUCUUUUCGAUCUUCAUGGCAGUUUCCACAACAGCAAACACUGCAAGCUUGACCACUGAUUUUGUCUCCAAUGAAGCUAAGAGUGGGAGUGUUCUUACCAAGGCCUUUGUUGGAGGCGUCCCCUGUGAUAUAGUGGACGACAACCUGGAGCUCUGUGACACGCUGACAAGGGAGAAGGUUACUUGUCGCUCCAAGGGUAAGCUGGUCGGCCCCAUGAAUGCCACUGUCUGCGUUACUGGAAGAGGCGCGUCUGAAGUGACCAAGAUAGGAAUGUACGUGGACUCCCAGGACAGGCUGUACCAGUUCCUCACAUAUGCUGCUUGACACAGACGAGUGCAGCAAUGGUCCUGCAGCAGCCCAGCAUAGUGCAGGCCAGACAGCCCACUGCCAUCACUGUUCACUUUGUUGACAAGGGCUCUGGCUUGGUGCUUAAUGGCCUGGCUUUCAAGGGCCAGACAUUUGUGGGCAAACUGCUGGCAAAGACUGCUGAGGGACACUUUGAGGUUAUCCAGAGCAGCACAAGGAUGGCCAAGGAAAUCCUUCUCAAAUACCCAGAGAUCCUCCAUGCCGCUCACCCCUUCUUCCUCUCCCUCAAGUUUGUGGGUGCUGGUGGCUCUCUCCUGGAUGGAGCAGUUUUUGUGGAUCAAAAGAUAUUGAUUGAGAUACUGGGGAGGGAUGUGAGUGCAUGCCCAAGGAGAAGGCCCAGAUCUUUAAGAGGAUCUAUUUACCCAAGAACAACUUGUCAACAAUUCCUGUAGAUGUCAUCAUCAGUGAGGUCAGUGUUAGAUACCAACUUGCUGCUCAGGAGUCUGUUGUACCUGCUGGCUGGCAUUUCCACUUUGUCUCUCCUGGUAACCAAUUCUGUAUGUGUAUGUGUAUCUAUUAAUUUAUUUCUGUGUGUAUUAUGUCUGUCUAUCUGUGUGAAUGUGGAGAGUUUGGGGUGAAUGUCGCUUGAUACCUGAUGGGGAUGGAUUGCUGUGUGCCUCUCAGUGAAGCAGCCUGUCAGUCCAGAUGGCAUUUGACAGCUGUUUCUCACUCCACAUAUUUACACGAAGGUGCUGACAGAUUAGCAGCAGGAGUGGGAACUGCAGUGGCUGUAACUCAUAUGACUUCACUGGUACCAAUCCAGACCACCUGGCUUCCCCAGGGACAGGCUUGUGUCACCCUGAUCUUACCUCUACCUAUACAUCUACCACUGCACUACAUUUGGAAUCUGGUUGAGUACAUGUACUCAGACCCGAGCCUGAUGUGUGUGUGUGUGUGUGUGUGUGUGUGUGUGUGUGUGUGUGUGUGUGUGUCUUUGUCUAUCUGUUGAAAUCAAGUCACUGUUGUGUCUUGGAGGGAAUAAGAGUGUGUAUGUGACUAUCUAUUUCUGUCUUUAUCCAUCUAUCUAUGGAGGGAAUAAAAGUGUGUAUGUGACUAUCUAUUUCUGUCUUUAUCCAUUUAUCUAUCUAUCUAUCUAUUUGUGUUUAAAUAAAGUUGUUGGUAGCAUCUGAGGGAAUAAGAGGAGUGUGAGCUCAGUAUGAUGUGCAAGGAGUUUAUGGAUGUUUUAACAUUUUGUAAUAUAGUAUUUAUUAGUGUGCAUAUCUUUUUUUGCAUGCAAGAUUUUAAUACCUUACUUUACCAUUUUGUCUGCAUCUAACAUACAGUGUCUCUCUCUCUCUCUCUCUCUCUCUCUCUCUCUCUCUCUCUCUCUCUCUCUCUCUCUCUCUCUCUCUCUCUCUCUCUCUCUCUCUCUCUCUCUCUCUCUCUCUCUCUCUCU